AUGUCCUCGUUUGAUAAGGCUUCCCUAGAGGCCGGGGCAAAUACAAAGCAUUUAAAAUCGGCCCAUGAUGUUGAUUUUGAAGACGAUGUACACAUUGAGAAAGUCGAAGGUGGGACAAACAUGGGGAAUAUCGCUACUAGCGUCGAUAAUAUCCCAAUUAGCUGGUAUGUCUGGAUGGUCGCUCUAACCGCCUCCAUGGCGGGUUUGUUAUUCGGAUAUGACACCGGUGUCAUAUCGGGAGCGACCGCAUACAUGGGCAGUGAUCUGAACAACAGACCAAUAACGAGCAACGAGAAAGAGCUCAUCACAUCACUUUGUUCUGGAGGAGCCUUUUUCGGGGCUAUCUUUGCCGGCAACACGGCAGACAGGUUUGGUCGCAAAAUGGCAAUCUAUAUAGGUUGCGCUUUAUUCAUCAUCGGUGCCGUCCUCCAAGCGGCAGCCUAUACCAUCGCCCAAAUGUCCAUUGGACGCGUUGUGAUUGGAUUCGGUGUUGGUUCAGCAGCCAUGGUCUUGCCGCUGUAUGUGGCGGAAAUUGCACCAGCAAAGUCGCGUGGAAAGCUUAUCGGAUUGAACAACAUGUCCAUCACCGGCGGUCAGGUUAUUUCGUAUGCAAUCGGCGCAGCAUUCGCCAGCGUCAAUCAUGGAUGGCGAUAUAUGGUUGGACUUGGUGCUGUGCCGGCCAUCAUCCUCGCCGUAUUGUUGCCCUUUUGUCCCGAGUCUCCUCGUCAUUUGAUCUAUAAAGGCCGUGAUGAGGAAGCCCGUGUGAUCUUAAAGAAGAUAUAUAAGGGAGCAAAUGAUCUGCAGAUCGAUGCUGUCCAAUCAUCAAUUCAAGUCGCUUGCGACCAAGCCCGUGAGAUCAACGAUGGUGGUACCGCGUUUAGCAAAAUCAAGCAGCUGCAUUGCGUCCCCAGCAACCUCCGUGCAUUGAUCAGUGCCUGCGGACUGAUGGUUAUCUCCCAGCUGUCCGGUUUCAAUGGCUUGAUGUAUUACAGUGGAACCAUCUUUGGUACGAUUGGAUUCAGUAACCCUAUGGCAGUUGGCCUGGUGGUUGCUGGUACCAACUUUAUCAUGACCUUUGUCAACAUGAUGGUGAUCGACACAAUGGGCCGCAGACGUCUUCUCCUCUCUACGACCUGGGGAAUGUCCGCCGGUAUGAUUGCGAUUGCGGUUGCCUUCAAAUGGAUCCCUUUCGACCUUGAAUCAGGAACCCUCGAAUCAAAUAGCGGAGUACCACCAGCUGCUAUCGCAGUGAUUGUUUUCAUCAUCUGGUUCGUCGUUUUCUACGGCGUGUCUGUCGGUAACACCGCAUGGAUGAGUACCGACUUCUUUCCCUUGGAGGUGCGUGCCAUGGGCACCAUGUGGCUCACAUGUUCCAACUGGGGCAGCAAUGUCAUAAUCUCCAGUUGUUUCCUUUCUAUGAUACAGUCUAUGACGCCGUCUGGUGCAUUCGGUUUCUUUGCGGGCAUUUGUGGCCUUGGUUGGAUUUGGUUGUAUUUCUUCUAUCCUGAGGUAUCAGGGCUUGUGCUUGAAGAAGUCCAGGAGGUAUUUGAGCAUGGAUUUGGAGUAAAGUAUGCUAACAAUUUGAGACGGGAGCGUAAGCAGAUCAUUGAGGAGAGGAUGAAAUCUCAAGAUAAGCCCAUUGCGAUGGGGCAUUGA